AUGAUUUUUUGGUUUUACUUAAUUAUAAAUGUUGUACUAAUUGUUCAUUCUCUAGUUAGUGUUACUUUUUGUGAAGUUAACAAUGUGAUAUAUUUUGAUGCUUUUAAUCCACAAUUAUGUAACAAAAAUGAUUUUGAGUUAGAUACAAAAAUAAAAACUGAAGAUGUUAAACUUAUUUAUAUUUAUUCAUUUAAACUUGUAGCAACAUGUUGUUCCAGUACUACACUUACAUUUUCCAACUUAAAACAUUCGGAUCAAAAUUACAUAAUUUUUACUUUUGAAGAAAUUCAUUUAUUAUAUUUCUUCAUUCAAACGCGGUUCAAUGAUUCAAGAAUUACACUUGAAGAAGGUGGUCGCCCCGAUAAUCUCUUUGUUUCAAUGGGGUGUUUCAACAACGAAGAAUAUUGCAGAACAGAAGUACUUGACCACCAACGCCCAACUAUUGCUUUUAAUAACCAAGGACUUCAUUUGUUUUCUAAUAUUGACCAACGUUGGUGGUUAUCAUUUCAUCGAGAUUCGACGAUGUUGUAUUCACCAUACUUGUUUAUUGAUGGUACAACGUAUCAAAAUCCCACGUUUCAAUUUUUUUCUGGUACAAAUUUUGGAGAUGUGGAAUUUUCAUAUCUUCGAUAUUUAUUCAGUGGUAACGAAUUUACACAAAUACCAACAAUACAAUGGGAAUUUUCACCACAACUAGAUCUAAAGGUAAAAGUUGUAUGCAAACGGACGAUAAGUACUUCGAUUCAUUCACUUAAAAGAUUCUUUAUGCUAACAAUAAGUUAUGAUGAAAAUUUAAUUAAUGAAAAUACUUUGUGUGGGUGUGUUACCAAUUCAAAUUACAUUAACAAUGAUAAGACUACUUUCGAUAUUAGUGAUUGUCAAUUUAACUCAUCGUACUUAGAUUUGGAUUUAACAAAACUUACAAAGGACAACAACAAUAACAUUGAAAUUAAUAUAUUUAUAAACAAAUGGUAUACUCUUCUUAUUACGAAUUACCAGACAUACAUAUUUAAGUCUUCGUUAAAUGUAAUAUAUUUUGAAAAACUGGAACUUCAACAGAACAAAAGUCUUAUAUUUGAGAUUAAUUGUAUUGUAAAUAAUUUAGUAAUCACAUCACCUGCGAAUUUCACAUUUAAAAAUUCUCUGACAAUCAAUAAUUUCAUUGCGAUGAACGAAGAUUACUCGGACUUAAUUUUAUUUUUAAUUCAGGGAUCAUUAAAUGACAAGACAAAUACACUGACUGUCUGUGGUCAUCGUGGUGUGAUGAAAAGUCACACAGAGAGAGUUUGCAAGUGUAUGUAUGAAUACAACUAUUAUUCAUAUCCAAAUUCACCAAAUGGUCCAUCCUUAUCCGAUUGUGAAAACUAUAGUAGCACACCUUCACUUAUUUUGGCAAUUAAUAACAAUAAUUACACAACAACGAUAUCAAAAAUAUGGGAGAAAAUCAUAUUAAAUAUGGACAAUGUGACACUUAUAUCAACAAGUCAAAAUAUAAUAUCGACAACAUAUUGUGAUAUUAAUUCGAGAGUUAUAGUGAAUGGAGAAUUUCAUAUUCAAAAUGUUCACUUUCAUCAAAACGCUAAAAUUGCAGUAUAUAACAAUGGAUAUUUGGGUCUUUCCCACAUCUAUUUUGAUGAUACUUUUAACAAUAUUAAUCAAAAUGGUAUUGUUGAGAUAUUUGGAGAUAAUGGACUGUUUAAUUUUGAUGACAAUUAUGGAAUGACUCUGUCAACAAGUCAAAAUCAAAUCGAAUGCUUUGAGUUUAUUUCUUUUGAAAAAGAGAAAGACAGAAAUUUGCAAAUAUUUACCAUGUCGUUGUAUUUAGGAAGAAAAAUACUACGAAUUUGUCCAAUAGAGUAUAAUUACGACAUUGGCUGCAUAUUAGAACAUAGGGAUAUGAGUGUAUAUACUUCAUAUAGAAAAGUAUUGCAUUGUCCAAUUACUAAUGUAAAUACAACCAUUUUUAUAGAGACAAAUGAAAUGAUACAAAACAUUGGAUUUGAUGGUACUUUCAAUCAAAAUGUUACAACACUGAAAUUUACAAAGACCAAAGAAAGUAAUAGUAUUUUCAAAGAUACAAUCACUUCAAAUGUCAUUUAUAUUGCAAAUGAAUCAAUUGAUAACAGUAACAUUACACUCUUUAACCAAAACAUUAAACUUUUUAUUGGUGAAAAAUACGGUUUUAAUACUUCAAAUGACACUAAAAUUAAUGAUGUUGUGUUUAAUGAUAAGCAAAACUGCACUGCUUUGUUUAUUGACAAAACAAAUAGUACAUGCAAAUAUUGUAAAAAUUCGUAUUUAUUAAAAAAUCAAUGCUAUAAUUACGAUGAUAAUUGCAUGUUACCAAACGAUACAAAUAUCAUAACAAAGGUGUGUGAGUGGUGUCCUGUGACUUUUUAUUUUUACAAAUACCAGUGUGUUAAAUGUUCAAGUCAUUGUUUGAGGUGUGUAAAAAAUAGUUGCGUUUUAUGUGAUUCUGGCUAUUUGUUAAUUCUACAAAAUGGAGUUAGCAUUUGUGACGCGCCAAAUAACACCAUUUUAGCCAAACAUAAUUUAAUUAUGAAAUGUAAGGAUAGGUAUUACUCUAAUUAUUCCAAAUGUGUGAAUUGCGACAAGAAUUGUCUAGUGUGUGAAAACGAGAACAAUUGUACAAUAUGUGAUAAUAAAUUUAUUUUACAAAACAGGGGAUGUUUAUCACAAUUAAAUGCAAAUUUAACAGACAACACGAACAUUAUUUCGUGUUUACAGGGGUUUUAUUUCCAUUUUAAUUAUUCAGAAUGUUUAUCAUGUAAAACAAAAGUUGGAGAGUCGUGUGAAAGAUGCACACAAACGAAUUGUGAGAAGUGCAAAAAUGGUGUUUAUAUAAAAAUAGUUCAUGUGAAAAUGAAACGACGACUGGAUGCAUAA